AUGCCAUUUAUCAAGGGGAAGUCGUGUUUGACAAACCUGAUAGCCUUCUAUGAAGAAAUAACCAGGUGGAUAGAUGAUGGUAGUGCAGAGGAUGUGGUUUAUCUUGGUUUCAGUAAAGCAUUUGACACUGUCUCCCACAGCAUCCUUGCAGCUAAACUGAGAAAGCGUGUUCUGGAUGAUCAGGUCGUGAGGUGGAUUGUGAACUGGUUGAAGGAAAGAAGCCAGAGGGUUGUGGUCAAUGGGGCUGAGUGUAGCUGGAGGCCUGUAUCUAGUGGAGCCCCUCAGAGGCCGGUGCUCCAUAUCAGGAAGGAUACAGGAAGAAUGAGCCUUGGAUCUGAUCAUGAGAGCGCAGCCCCAGAAAUGGAGCUAGAUGAAAGCCAGGAGGUCCAGCCUUCCCUCUCACAGUGUAACAAAGAUGGGAACAUUAACCAUGGAGCAUUGCAGGCACUGCUUUUACAACUACAAAACCUUGGCGAAAGAUAUGUUUUAAUCCUGGGCAACAACCUCUUUAUACAACAAGGAUUUGAACUCCAGCAGAAAUAUCUGCUGUGCACUAAGGAACUGUAUGGAGCAAUGCUGCAAACAGUGGAUUUUCAUGGUGCUGUUGAAGCUGCCAGAAUAAAAAUUAACAGUUGGGUUGAAAGUGAGACACAAGGUAAAAUCAAGGAGCUCUUUGCUCCUGGUGUAAUCGAUGAACGUGCGUUGCUGGUGCUGGCAAGUGUGAUCUACUUCAAAGCACCCUGGGAACACAAGUUUGAGGAGCAAAAAACGGUGAAAAGAGAUUUUAAACUGAAUCAGCAUGAGAAAAAAACUGUGCAGAUGAUGUAUCAGAAAGGCACGUUUAAGUUAGGCUACAUUGAAGAAAUGAAUGCUCAAGUCCUUGAACUCCCUUAUGCUCAAAAGUCAUUGAGCAUGACCAUCCUGCUGCCAGGUGACAUGGCUGAUGGAUCCACCAGUGGGCUAGAGCAGAUUGAAAGCACAAUGACCUAUGAAAAUUUAACACUGUGGGCCUCUUCUGAGCACAUGUUUGAGACAACAGUGGAAGUGUACCUCCCCCGAUUCAAGCUUGAAAGCACCUUUAACCUCAAUGAGGUUUUACAAGAGAUGGGGAUGACUGACAUCUUCACUGAAUCGAAAGCUGAUCUUUCUGCAAUGUCACCUGCAAAAUCUCUGUUUCUGUCAAAUGUUGUCCACAAGACGUACAUGGAGGUCAAUGAGGAAGGCACCACAGCAGCAGGGGGAACAGGAGCUGCCAUCGUGAGGAGGUCUCUUCCUCGCACAGAGGUCUUUAUGGCUGACCACCCUUUCUUAUUCUUUAUUAGACACAAUGCUACCAAUACCAUCCUUUUUUUUGGCAAACUCUGCUUACCUUAA